AUGGGAUCAAGAAUUGCAAAAAAUCACCUGGAGGUAUUGGAGACUGAUGCAGAACAAAUUAAGGAAGAAUAAAGGCAUACGAGAGAGGAGCUACAGAAAUCAAAAUCAGAAUCGACAGAUCUGCAACAACAAUUCCUUCAACGGAUGGACGAGAAGUUUGACGAAUUGAAGAAAUCCAUCAGUGAAAAGCUAUUAGCAUUAGAAAAGAAGGAUCCAACAGCAAAUAUGACAUCUGAAUCAGUCAGAAACUCUCUAGAGAAUGAGCAACAGGAGAGAGGCAAUUCACAACCUGAGGUACCAACUUUUGUACCAGUUUCAAAUCAAAUUUCGGACGAAAACAAACAAGUAAAGAAAAGAGAUCUCAACAUCUUCAAAAGAAGCAAUCCGGAAGGAUGGCUCCGAUGUGUAGAGAGAUAUUUUUGA